CAUACCCAACACAACCAACAGCCAUUGCGACUCGCAGCUUUAACAUUGUGCCUGCGCUUUUGAUUGCGACCAGGCAAGGCCGCACUUCUUUGUAUCUUGUUCUUUUGACACUCUCUACCAUUGCGCUUUGUAUCUUCUGGCAGGUCUUGUUGUGAACCGGACCUUCAUCAACGACAUCCUCCCUGCGCAGCGCGCUCCUAAUCACAACCCUCCGUUACAAUGGGUCAAACGAAGCGUCGCGAAGGCAAGUCCUCGCGUGUACCAAAAUCCUCUCUCUUCGGUGGAGGAAAGUCAAGUCAUGCAGAUUCCGGGCAGCCACAGAUCAAAAAGGCCACAUUCGAAAUCACCAAGAAGAAGGAAGUCGGGGUAUCAGAUCUUACGCUGCUGAGCAAGGUUUCCAACGAAGCUAUCAAUGACAACCUAAAAAAGAGAUUCGAGCAUGGAGAGAUUUACACCUAUAUUGGCCAUGUGUUGGUGUCGGUCAAUCCCUUCCGGGACUUGGGAAUCUACACCGACCAGGUGUUGGACGGUUAUCGUGGACGGAACAGACUCGAGGUCCCUCCCCACGUCUUCGCCGUCGCCGAGUCUGCAUACUAUAACAUGAAGGCAUACAAGGAUAACCAGUGUGUCAUCAUUUCCGGAGAAUCGGGUGCUGGCAAAACGGAAGCAGCCAAACGGUUGAUGCAGUACAUUGCCAAUGUCUCUGGGGGUACCGAUUCGAGGAUUCAGAAGACGAAAGAUAUGGUCUUAGCCACCAACCCACUGCUUGAAUCUUUCGGCAAUGCCAAAACGCUGCGAAAUAACAAUUCGUCCCGCUUUGGAAAGUACCUGGAACUCGAAUUCAACCAAAAUGGUGAGCCUGUGGGCGCCAAAAUCACGAAUUACCUACUGGAGUCCUCGAGAGUCGUCGGACAGAUCACGAACGAGCGAAACUUCCACAUUUUCUAUCAGUUCACCAAAGCAGCGCCGAAGGAGUACAGAGACAUGUUUGGCGUUCAACAACCACAAUCCUAUGUAUAUACCAGCAGAUCCAAAUGCUUCGACGUACCGGGUAUAGAUGAUGCCAGUGAUCUUAACGAGACUGUUCAAGCGAUGAAAAUCAUUGGACUGACCAAAGGCGAGCAAGACAACAUUUUCCGCAUGUUGGCCGCGAUUUUGUGGAUCGGAAACAUUACCUUCCGGGAAAACGAUCAGGGCGGAGUUGAUAUCUCGGAUCAGUCAGUCGUUGAUUUUGUGGCAUACUUGUUAGAAGUCGAGUCAGCUCAUGUCCACAAGGCGCUGACAAUCAGAAUUGUUGAAACGGCCCGAGGCGGUGGCAGACGAGGAUCUAUCUACGAAUCACCUCUUAAUCCCGUCCAGGCAAUGGCUGUACGUGAUGCGCUGGCCAAGGCUGUCUACUUUAGGCUUUUUGACUGGAUUGUCUCGCGAACGAAUGUCUCCCUACGAGCACAAGGAGCCGUCAAGAACACUGUCGGUAUCCUCGAUAUUUACGGAUUCGAAAUCUUUGAGAAGAACUCUUUCGAACAACUGUGCAUCAAUUAUGUCAAUGAAAAGCUGCAGCAGAUUUUCAUCCAGCUGACACUCAAGGCUGAACAGGAAGAGUAUGCGCGUGAGCAGAUUCAGUGGACACCGAUCAAGUAUUUUGACAACAAGGUUGUCUGUUCUCUGAUCGAAGACAAGAGACCGCCUGGCGUCUUUGCAGCCCUCAAUGAUGCUUGUGCUACGGCUCAUGCUGAUUCUGGAGCCGCGGAUCAAACCUUCGUGGGUCGACUGAACUUCCUGUCAAGCAACCCCAAUUUCGAAAAUCGACAAGGUCAAUUCAUCAUCAAGCAUUACGCUGGUGAUGUCAACUACCAGGUUGCAGGAAUGACAGACAAGAACAAGGAUCAGUUGUUGAAAGAUCUUCUGAACCUGGUUGGCGAGAGUUCAAACAGCUUUUUGCAUGAGCUCUUCCCCGCCCAGGUCAACCAGGAUGACAAACGCCGACCACCAACUGCGGGCGAUAAGAUCAAGGCUUCUGCCAACGAGCUUGUCGACACUCUGAUGCAGGCACAGCCAUCGUACAUUCGAACCAUCAAGCCCAACGAGAACAAGUCGCCGAAAGAGUACAAUGAAGCAAACGUUCUUCAUCAGAUCAAGUAUCUGGGUCUUCAGGAGAACGUCCGCAUUCGGAGAGCUGGUUUUGCCUACCGCCAAGCGUUUGAUAAAUUUGUCGAACGAUUCGCACUGCUGUCGCCUAGAUUGUCAUAUGCAGGUGAAUACACAUAUACUGGUGAUGUAAGGACAGCCUCGGAAAUCAUCUUCAAGGACACAAGCAUUCCUCAAGAAGAGUACCAGAUGGGUACUACAAAGGCUUUCAUUAAGAGCCCUGAAACUCUGUUCGGUUUGGAACAUAUGCGAGAUCGAUACUGGCACAACAUGGCAGUCCGCAUUCAGCGAGCCUGGAGAAACUAUUUGAGGUACCGAGCAGAAGCGGCGACAAGGAUCCAAAGGUUUUGGCGAAAGUCCAAGGUCGGGGUUAAAGAAGUGGAAUUCAGAGAUCGAGGGCAUCAGCUACUGGGCGGACGCAAGGAACGUCGCAGGUACAGCUUGCUCGGUUCGAGACGUUUCUUCGGCGACUACCUAGGUCUCAAUAUGCCUGGCGGUCAAGGACGAGUUCUGCGAGACUCCAUCAAUCUCAGCUCACAGGAACGAUGCGUCUUCUCAUCACGAUGUGAAUUGCUGGUGGCCAAGUUCGGCAGGUCUUCCAAACCAAUGCCCAGGAUAUUGGUGCUCACCAACAAGUCAGUCUAUAUUGUCGUUCAGGCCGUGGUCAAUAACCAGCUGCAGAUCUCAGCCGAAAGAACAAUACCCGUGGGUGCAGUCAAAUAUAUUUCGACGUCCAGCCUUCGGGACGACUGGUUUGCGCUUGGUGUCGGUUCGCCUCAAGAACCUGAUCCUCUCAUCAGUUGCGUGUUUAAGACAGAGUUCUUCCUUCAAUUCAAAACCGUUGCUGUUGGAGGAAUGAAUCUCAAGAUUGGGCCAACUAUCGAAUACAAUAAGAAGCCAGGAAAACCUGCCUCUGUCAAAGUUCAAAAAGACUCCACCAUAACAAGAGACGAUAUGUAUAAGUCAGGGACAAUUCACGUUCCUCAGGGAGAAGCACCGACGUCUGUCUCGCGGCCUACUCCUCGAGGCAAAGCGAUUGCGAAGCCUAUUACAAGUGGCAAGCUACUCCGCCCUGGUGGGCCAGGUGGUCAGCCUUCAAAAGCCGCCUCACGAAGACCUGUGCCCGCAGCCCGGCCUGCAGCUCAAACACCACGGCCUGUCCCUACACCUGCCGCCGCACCUGUUCACCAAACUGUCACAUCCCAACUGAAUGGGCCCUCUUCCCAUACCCGCAAUGAAUCAGCCUCUUCGUUUGGCCGUGCGGCUCCGCCUCCACCUCCACCACCACCUCCUGCCGCGGCGCCCGCUGCUGCCCCAUCAAAGCCUCAAGCCAAAGCCAAGUACGCCUUCAAUUCUCCGAACGAGAACGAAUUAAACAUCAAGGCCGGAGAUAUUGUCGAGAUUCUAAAGAAGGAAAACAAUGGUUGGUGGCUUUGUAAAAAUGUGCAAACUCUGAAGGAAGGAUGGACGCCUACAGCGUACGUCGAAGAGAUUGAGCAAGCUCGUGCCGCUCCACCUCCACCUCCUCCACCGCCGGCCGCGCCACCACGAGCUGUUCCCGUGCCGGUGGUUGCGAAUGGACACGCCAAACCUGGAACACCACCAGUCAUUGGCAAAGCGAAGCCGACGCCGCCUGCCCCUCCAGCGAAGAGGCCGGUGCCCGCGGCACGAAAGCCAGCAGCUUCACCUGCUCGAGAUAGUGGUAUGAGUCUAGGGACAGGAAGUGGAACCGAUUCGGGUCGUGCUACGCCAAACAGUAUUGGUGGUGGCAGUCUCGCUGGAGGACUGGCUGAGGCGUUGAGGGCGAGACAGAGUGCCAUGAGUGGGAGACAGACAAAGGAUGAUGAUGACGAUUGGUAGACUUUUGAGGUAUAUAAAGAGCCUCGAGUUAGGCUGACCAUUGAGUCUUUUGCCAAGGAAGCGAAACCAAUUUUUGUUGCCUUUUUAUUUUUGUCGUUCCAUAUUUUUGAAUUCCUUGUGACAUUAAGAAUGUUAUUGGGCACAUUUCCGAAGCUGAGGCUUGGUCGACGUUGUGGUGAGUGGCGAGUUAUGGCCCUUUAUCGUUGUUACUGUCACUGUUAUAAGGAGACAAGCUCUUACAUUCAUACGGUCAGAAGAAGAGAAAAGAAAAGAAGAACAAAAACAGGAGGAAACCGAGUUGG